AUGGCCUCUUUUAUAACAGAGCUGUGGGAAACAGUUUUCCAGCCAGGCACAUCGCCGGCACUGAUUACGGCUACACAUGCGAGUUUUUGCCUUCUCGUGAUAUCGCUGGUUGUGCUCAUCUUCUACUCUGGGUCUAUCCAUUUCUUCAACCUGUUGGUGAUUGCGCUUUUGCUUUGGGGAUCCGUCACAUGGUUCAUUGCCGAGCUCGAAAAGGAGAAGGCCAAGUUGAAGACAAACGAGGAGCUUCAGGAGCAGGAAGGCGUCAAGAGGGAUGUCAAGGAGGGUGACGCAGAGGAUACAAAGAAGGACAAAUAA